CAAGGGAGAGAUAAAAUGAGUAAGAGGAAGAAGCCUCGGGCCUCAGGAGAAGGAAUCCAUCCACUGAAACCCCCAAAGAACUCAAGGCUAGGAGACUCUGACAGGACCCCCCAGAGUUGCGAGUUGGGCUGUUUACAUCACCCUGAAGAGUCAGGAGGCAAGUUGGGACCCGCCCUCUUUGCAGAGCACAGCAGGGAAGAACCCGGACAGGCGAUCGCCAGCUUCCCUGGUGAGGAGACAGGAGCACCCUCUAGUCUCCUUGGGCAACCAGAAGAGGAGCCAGCUCCCCUUCCUGCCUCCCAGAACUCAAUCGGGAGGUUUGUCCCUCAGUUUGCAAAACCCAGGAAGACAGUGGCAAGAAAAGCAGAGAGGCAGGAGGAGGACCUCCAGUGUGGGGCCUUCAGCCCGGAAACACUUCCAAAGCCCAGUGCCCAGCAGGCAGGAAGCCAGCCCCUGGAGGGGUACCUGGGGCUCACUCUCCAGGAGGCUGGGCAGCCAGGGGAGCCAACCCAGGCAGAUGGCAGCUGCUCUGAGCAGAGAGUCCAGGACCCUGUGAAGCCCGGCAGUGGGGAUUCUCAGCCCGAGGCCUCUCCAGAAGUGGGAACAGGACCCUCCACCUCAGAGAGGGCCAGCCAGAACCACUUGACGGAGCAAGGGACCAACACACCGGAUGGUGGAAACUUGGGGAACAGUAGGCCUGAGACAGAGAGGGCCUGGACUCUGGGCGAUCUUGAUCAAAAAGGACACCAACCAGGCUGUGCUACUGAAGAGAUGGAGCCAGACAGAGGAGCUCCCUGGGAGGGAGAUGCCCCAAGAGGAACAGGGGCUGACCUACCUGGAGGGCCCCAGGAGGAAGGAGACAGUAUCCCCAAUGCCCCAGCAUCAGCUCCUGUCUUGGCCCCUACUCAGGGACUGGGCCAUGACACUUGGUGCCUGGAGCCUGGGUCUCUGGUCCAGACUCCUCCUGGCCCCCUGCAGACACCCAGCGGGACUGACAGGGAAGCAGAAGUUAGACACAGCAGCCCAGGAUGCUCCUCCCUUGGGAUGGUUGUCAUCGCAGACCUGAGCACAGACCCCCUUGAACCAGAACAGAGGACUCCAGAGGUGGCUGGCCCAGAUGGUCAGGCCAGUGCUGGGUCACUUGCCUCUCCUGGGGGGAAGGUCUCUGACAGCACCCACAGGAGGGCCCUGUCAGGCUACACACCACUCGUUGGGGUGACCACAGGAGGCAGCGGAGAGGAAAGGUGGGAAAACGAGCCCCACUGUGACGCAUCAGUGGGCCCUCCAGCCUCCCUGGCUCUGGCUUCCGGAAACCAAGAGCCCACAAUAGGCACUGGAGAGUCCAGCUGUCGAGCCCCAGACAUGGGGCCAGGUGUUGAUUCGAAAUGGGUGCCAGACCCUCAUCACAAGACAGCCAAGUCGGGCAGCCAGACCCUUGAACAAGACCUCGAGGGGCUCAGUCUGUCCCUCCAAGCCUCUGGUCUGCCAGAGCACAGAGAAACAGUGGAUGGCCUUCCUCAGGAGACCCAGGUCCGCCAGAGCAGUGCAGACACCCUCGCAGACCUGGCAGGUCAGCCCGGCCACCCUCGUUCUGUACAACAGGCCACCUGGGUGGACCCCUCAGCUGUGGAACUCGACUUCCUGCUAGACAGCCAGAUGCGGGAUGCCCUGGAUGCCUCUGACUUUGAAGCCUCAACUGAACAGCUAUUUCCUGCAGGGAGCAGGCUGGGCCUCUGCUGGGCUGGCCCCAGCCCACGUGACAAUGGAGACCUUGCUACAGUGGCCCAGGGCCAGUCGAGGGCCCAUGUGGGGACCCAGGCCUCUGAGGCCUCCAGGAUGGAGGACGCAACGGGUGUCGUGUGCGGCCUUGUCGUCGAGCUCUCCAACCUGAACCGGCUGAUCAUGAGCACCCACCGUGACCUGGAAGCCUUCAAGCGCCUCAGCUACCGCAAGGCAAAGCCAGCGGGGAAGGGCCCCGCGCCCCACCCUCCCAAGGGCACAGGGACUGUCCCUCGAGGGGAGCAGCCCUGGAGGGGCUUGUAG